GCCCGCCGGGCCGUGAGGAGGGCGGGGGAGGGUUUUCCCACAAUGCUUUGUGGGGACGUUGACAAGUGGAUCCAAGAUGGCGUAGAAAGUAAUGACAGGAUUUCUGUCCCUGAGUCAUGGCAGACAGAAGACCAGAGAAGUCAUGUGAACAAGCAUGUGAAUCCCUUAAGCAGCAGGAUUAUGAAGUGGCAGUGAAGCAUUGCACAGAGGCACUCCUUUCCCUCAGCCAGUACCCCCCAGCUCACCUCCCGGAGGCAUGCCAGGCAGAAAUCGACCGCAUCAAAAUCGAGACUCUGCUGUAUAGAAUUGCUUCCUUUUUACAACUUAAAAAGUAUGGGCAAGCAGAUGAAGACUGUAGGCAUGUGCUGGGAGAGGGGCUGGCCAAGGGAGAUGGAUCUUUCCGUGCAGUGCUCUGCUGCAUGCAUCUUAAAGGGAAGCUGCAAAUUGUGUCUAAUGUUCUUUCCAAAUCACUGAUGGGUGAAUCACUGAACGGGAUGGUAACUAAAGAUCUGACACGACUGAAAACACUUCUUGCUGAAACAGAGGCAGCUGAUAAAGUUCCAUCAGGAUAUCAUGUAGAAGAUUUAGAAGAAGGGUCCCGGGAUGGCUGGCAGUUCCGCCCUCCACCCAGGGGAGUCACAAGCAGUGAAGAAUAUACGCUAUGUAAAAGAUUUUUAGAGCAAGGGAUCUGCAGGUACGGUGCACAGUGUACUUCAGCACAUUCCCAGGAAGAGCUAACAGAAUGGCAAAAACGAUAUGCUUCCCGCUUGAUCAGAUUAAAACAGCAGAAGGAAAACAAACAAUGUUCGGGCAGUUAUAUGGAAACCUUGAUUGAGAAAUGGAUGAAUUCGUUAUCUCCUGAGAAAGUGCUUAGUGAAAGUAUAGAAGGAGUGAGAGUAGAACAUAAUCCUGAGCUAUCAGUAACUGUCACCACCAAAAAGUCUCAUCAAACUUGGACAUUUGCUCUCACUUGUAAGCCUGCAAGAAUGCUGUAUCGAGUGGCAUUGCUUUAUGAUGCCCAUCGCCCACAUUUCAGUAUCAUUGCAAUAUCUGCUGGAGACAGCACUACCCAGGUAUCACAAGAAGUUCCGGAAAACUGUCAGGAGUGGAUAGGAGGAAAGAUGGUCCAGAAUGGAAUAGAUCACUAUAUAUACAAAGUCAGUAUAGCUUUUAACACAGAAAUCUUCGGAACUUUUCGCCAAACUGUUGUGUUUGAUUUUGGAUUAGAACCAGUCCUCAUGCAACGAGUAAUGAUUGAUGCUGCUUCAACUGAAGAUCUUGAAUACCUGAUGCAUGCACGGCAACAGCUACUAACUACAGCUAAGCGUUGGGAUUCUACUUCUAAGACUAUUGUAGAGUUUGAACCUAAUGAAACUACUGAAUUGGAGAAGAGCCUUCUUACCAGAUACCAAAUCCCUCUAUCUGCUGACCAGUUAUUUACACAAUCUGUCCUGGACAAAUCAUUGACCAAGACCAACUAUCAGUCACGGUUGCACGACCUCCUUUAUAUUGAGGAAAUAGCACAGUAUAAGGAAGUUAGCAAGUUCAACAUAAAAGUGCAAUUGCAGAUUGUAGCAAGCUUCAUGCUCACUGGGGUUUCUGGAGGUGCGAAGUAUGCCCAAAAUGGACAACUCUUUGGACGCUUUAAGCUCACUGAAACGCUGUCAGAAGACACUUUGGCUGGACGGCUGGUGAUGACCAAAGUCAACGCUGUUUAUUUAUUGCCCGUCACUAAAGAGAAGUCAGCACAGACCCAAGGAACCAAAGAGAAGGUUUAUGAAGCAGCUAUUGAAGAGAAAACAAAGGAUUACAUCUUCUUGAGGGUAUCCAGGGAAUGCUGUGAAGAGCUUAAUCUUCGGGCGGAUUGUGAGAUGCAGGUUGAACUGCAGUUUCAGUUAAAUCGCUUACCCCUCUGUGAAAUGCAUUAUGCCUUGGACAGGAUUAAGGACAACAGUAUUUUGUUUCCAGAUGUCAGCAUGACUCCCACCAUACCCUGGAGUCCCAACAGACAAUGGGAUGAGCAGUUGGACCCUCGGCUAAAUGCUAAGCAGAAAGAGGCUGUUCUGGCUAUCACUACCCCACUUUCAAUACAACUGCCUCCUGUUCUUAUCAUCGGUCCCUAUGGGACAGGAAAAACGUUCACGCUGGCUCAGGCAGUCAAGCACAUACUGCAACAACAGGAUACUAGCAGGAUUCUCAUUUGCACCCAUUCUAAUAGUGCUGCUGAUCUCUACAUAAAGGAUUAUUUACAUCCAUAUGUAGAAGCAGGCAAUCCCCAGGCAAGACCUCUCAGGGUAUAUUUCAGAAAUCGCUGGGUAAAGACUGUCCACCCAGUUGUGCAUCAGUACUGUUUGAUUUCAAGCACACAUUCCACCUUUCAGAUGCCACAGAAAGAAGAUAUUCUUAAGCAACGAGUAGUAGUUGUUACUUUAAAUACAUCACAGUAUCUGUGUCAACUGGAUCUUGAACCAGGUUUUUUUACACACAUUCUGUUAGAUGAAGCUGCGCAGGCUAUGGAGUGUGAAACUAUUAUGCCUCUAGCAUUAGCUAAUAAAAACACGAGAAUCGUCUUGGCUGGAGACCAUAUGCAGCUCAGUCCUUUUGUCUACAGUGAAUUUGCCAGGGAAAGAAACCUUCAUGUUUCAUUGCUUGAUCGGCUCUAUGAGCACUACCCUGCAGAAUUUCCAUGCAGGAUCUUGCUGUGUGAGAACUAUCGCUCCCAUGAAGCUAUCAUCAAUUACACAUCUGAACUUUUCUAUGAAGGCAAAUUGAUGGCAAGUGGAAAGCAGCCAGCACACAAAGAUUUCUACCCUUUAACUUUCUUCACAGCACGUGGGGAAGAUGUGCAGGAAAAAAAUAGUACAGCUUUUUACAAUAAUGCAGAGGUGUUUGAAGUAGUAGAGCGUGUUGAGGAGUUGAGAAGAAAAUGGCCUGUUGCCUGGGGCAAGUUGGAUGAUGGCAGUAUAGGUGUCGUAACACCUUAUGCUGAUCAAGUGUUCAGAAUUCGGGCUGAACUUCGGAAAAAAAGGCUGUCUGAUGUCAGUGUAGAGAGAGUGCUAAACGUUCAGGGAAAACAGUUCAGAGUGUUGUUUCUCAGCACAGUACGAACACGGCAUACAUGCAAACAUAAGCAAACGCCAAUUAAAAGGAAAGAGCAGUUACUCGAGGAUUCAACAGAAGACUUGGAUUAUGGUUUUCUGUCUAAUUACAAACUUCUCAAUACUGCCAUUACAAGAGCACAAUCCUUGGUAGCUGUGGUGGGAGAUCCCAUUGCUUUAUGUUCCAUUGGAAGAUGCAGGAAAUUUUGGGAAAGGUUUAUUGCCCUAUGUCAUGAGAAUGAAAGUCUCCACGGUAUCACAUUUGAACAGAUCAAAGCUCAGCUGGAAGCUUUGGAGUUAAAGAAAACAUACGUGUUGAACCCACUGGCUCCUGAAUUUAUUCCCCGAGCUCUUCGGCAUCAGCAUUCGGCGAAUACCACCAAACAGCAGCAGUCACCUCCAAAGGGCAAGGUCCAUCAUCAUAACCAGAAUGACCAUUUCCCACCUGAUGGAAUUGUUCAGCCCAAUCCUUCUGUUCUAAUAGGAAAUCCUAUCCGAGCAUAUACUCCUCCCCCUCCUCCUCUGGGACCUCACCCCAACCUGGGGAAAUCUCCAAGUCCUGUUCAAAGGAUAGAUCCACACACUGGGACAAGUAUUCUAUACGUACCUGCUGUCUAUGGAGGAAACAUGGUCAUGUCUGUGCCUUUGCCUGUACCAUGGACGGGGUAUCAGGGUAGGUUUGCAGUUGACCCUCGAAUCAUUACACAUCAAGCAGCUAUGGCAUAUAAUAUGAACCUGUUACAGGCACAUGGGCGUGGGUCUCCUAUACCUUAUGGCUUGGGACAUCAUUCACCAGUUAGUAUAGGACAGCAGCAACAGCUUCAGCAUCCAGACAAGGAGCAACAUGAGCAAAGUCGAAAUGGUAAAAGUGAAGGCACUGCUGGACCUGAAAUCAAUAAAAUUCGGACACCUGAGAAGAAACCUGUAGAAUCUAAGCAGGUUGACAUAGAUACAAAUUCUCAGACUAGAAGCCCGGAAUCACGUUCCAAUGUUGCUUACCCUAAUGCUAAAUUUCAUCGUAAAGAUAAUCUUAACCCCAGGCAGCUGAACCUACAUCUCACCCCACCCCACUCGCAGUAUGCAGUUCCCAAUCGCCACUUCCAGCACCUGUCCCAGAUCCCAAGGCAGCCAUAUCCUCUGCAACAGCAGCAAAACCUUUUAAGUCAACAACAAAAUCAUUUGCCUGAACAACAAAACCAAAUGCCACCACAGCAAAGCCAGGUAGUUCAGCAGCAUAAUCAUUUGAACCAACAGCCUCCACAACCUUCGCAGCUUUCCCCUGCUUACCAGGCAGGCCCCAGCCAAUCUUUUUUUAAUAACCCAGUUCCCCACCGACCACAUUCUCCUGCUGUAGAUGCUGUGAUUUCAGAACAACACCCCCCACCUAUGUUACAAGAAGUCAGUAAUCCUUUGAGGCCUAUUGCACAGCACAACCCUGUUCUGCCAACCCACUUGAACAACUUCAUUGAAGAGAAUCCAUCAGGAAUGCCCCUAGGGGACACUUUAGAUCGUAUGCAUGGAAAUGUAGCUUUGGAAACAAUAAGGCAGCAGCAACAAGCCAGGUUACAGCAAUGGAAUGAACAUAAUGCCUAUCUCAGUCAAGGCACAAUUCCAUAUCAACACCAUCACCAUCCUCAUCUACCACAUCUUCCUCAGCAACCAAUUGGAUUGCAUCAACAGCAGCAAGUUAGGGCAAACUGGAAACUUGCCAGUAAUACAGAAGAUGAAACAGAGGCAACAUAUUCAAGAUUCCAGGAUUUGCUCAGAGAACUGUCACACCGUGAUCAAAGUGAAAAUCGGGACUUAGCUGAAAUGCCACCCCCUCAGUCAAGACUGUUGCAAUAUAGACAAGUUCAGACCAGAAGCCCACCAGCACUCCCUUCUCCUUCCUGCAACUCUAAUCACAGUGGUCACUUUCCUAACUUCACUGAAAACAACAGAGACAUUGAAAUCCCCAGUAACCCAGCAUUUCAGCAGCAUUUACCCCAAAUAUACAAUCCCCCUUUCUCAAUGCCAUCUGAACACAUAACCCCAUCUCCCUUGAAAUACCUGCAACCUGAUGGAUCGUGGACUUAUGCUAACCUACAGCAGAAUCACCUAAUGGGGCAGGGCUUUCAUUAUGGUAUACCUCCAUUGCCCCAUAGGUCACAACAAAACCCUUUUAUACAAAUACAGAAUCAUCAGCAUGCAGUCGGUCAGGAGCCAUUUCAUCCACUCACAUCUCGAGCAGUAUCUGCUUCUUCGCUCCACAGCUUAGAAGAGUAUGAACCGAGAGGACCAGGCAGGCCGUUGUACCAAAGAAGAAUUUCCUCUAGUUCAGUCCAGGCUUGUUCUGAAGAAUUAAGCACUCCUCAAGACAGUCUUGGUCAGUGUAAAGAGCUUCAGGACCACAGUAAUCAGUCAUCCUUCAACUAUUCAUCACCUGAGUUGUGGGUCAACUCCUCCUCAUCUGCCCCGUACCCAAACAUUCCAUGCAAUGGAGCCAACAGAGCAGUUCCACAUCGGGAGUUGUUAGCUCCGCUGAAAACAGUCAAGCCCCCAGAGGAGCACCUGAAGGCUGAAAACAUACAACUCUCCAAUUCCUUCAACUACAGCGUGCUGCAGCAUCUCGGCCAGUUCCCACCUCUCAUGCCCAACAAGCAGAUCAUGGAAUCCAACAGCACCAGCCAGCAGAACGCUGGUGGGAGCAAACCUGUCAUGUCCUACGCAAGUGCUCUGCGGGCGCCUCCGAAGCCCAAACCUCCUCCUGAGCAGACAAAAAAGAAUAGUGACCCUUUGUCUUUGUUUCAGGAACUUAGCCUAGGUAGUUCAUCAGGUAGCAAUGGCUUUUACUCCUAUUUUAAAUAAUCAGAUUAUUUUUUUUAGAGAGAACUUAAUUUUUAUUUGUGUCAGUAGAUCUAAGAUAGUUGGGGCUUCACCUGUAGUUGCAAAUAUUCCCUUUGUUUAUAUUAGUAAAUAUAUCCUCACCUAAUUGCUUUGCUGCUAGACUUGCAACUAAUUUUUUUUUUUUUUUUAAUUGUAUUCCAUUUAUUUUGGCAUUUUUUUGAUUGUGGGUCGUUUUUGUUGUUUUGUUGGUUUUUUUUUCCUUUUUUUUUUUUUUUUGGAGCAUUUUCUGUAGGAAAACACCACAGGUUAUUUUUUAAUUUGUGUAACGUUGAUGAGGUGUUUGUUGCAUUAAACUAGCAGCUGAGAAGCUUACCUGGAAAACUAUUAAAAAAAAAAAAAAAAAAAAAAAAAGGAAAAAAAAAAGGAAAAAAGAAAAAAAGAGAAAAAAAAAGGAAAAAAAAGAAAAAAGGAAAAAAAAAAGUUUGUCUAAAUUGUAUUUAAAAAGAUUGUAAGUAGCAUUUACAUUUAUUCAAUAACAUUAGCAUACUAUGCUGGAUUUCUGUACCAGAAAUGGCCAGUUAAUGUAAAAAUGUAUGUUAUUUCUGCUUAAAUUCAUUUAAUUUUUUUUAAUAAAGAUGCAGCAUCUUCUAAAUACUUUCAGUUUUAUCAGCUUUUUUGUGAAGGGAUGCUGCAUUCUCAGACUUUUAUAGUUUUAGAUUCUGUAUGAUGUGGUCUUGUAUUUUCCAUUCACUGUAGGGUAAAGUAAAGGCAUUCUUUGCAGACACCGAUGCCAUUGUUUGGAAGCAUUCAGAUAUAAAAAA